GAGAAGAGGAGGAGGCCGGAGAAGAAGAUGCUGUCAUCCGUUGUCACCGACCCCAGUGAAUGACAACAACAUGAACAUGGAGUCAUUUUGAAACGUCCUUGUGCAACUUGAUUGUCGCUGCGCGGUGUUUGGGCCGUCCAAGGAUGAUGAUGGCGUCCCAGUGCAUGGAGCAAGCCGUGCAGGAGUUCCUGAUGGAGAGAGGAGGGAGGGUCCAACAGAUGGAGCUGAUCGAUCAUUUCCUAUCAGGUCUGGGGGAAAAUGACCAGUCGAAGGAAGAGGUGGAUCGCGAGGUGCUGAAACGCAUCGUGGACAACGUGGGUUUCGUGAAGGUGGAAAACGGUGUGAAAUUUGUGUGUUUGAAUACUGAAAGCAGCGCGGGGUCGGUGAUGCGUGCGGACGCGGACGGCUACGAUCAAGCAGAGUGUAACGGCAAUAUCCAGGAGACACUGGACAACAGUGUCAACGGCAACCCUGACAACGGACACCAAACAGGAGUACCCAGCCAACCUGGUGCAGGCCUGGACAAUGACAAGCAGUCAAAUGGCAAUGGGCAACCUGCAACCCCCUCCCAGAAUAAGGCCAACACAGGGACACCUACUUCUGGUGGAGAGGUGAAGCUGAGGGACAGGAGGAGGCGAGAGUCAGCCCCAGUUAUUGGGAUGCAAGAUGUGGACCAGGCUCACCCUGGAUGGCAAGUGAGAGGGGCACGUAGAGUGUCCAAAGGCUCCCAGCGUGCCAUGCUGACCAGCUGCCUAUCUGAAGACAGCGCCUUGGAAGGGCUGGACCCUGUUGGAGAUAUCAACACGCCCAAGGGAAGUCGCAGGAACUUCAUAGAGCUGAUGAUGAGUAGUUCUCCUCAGGUCCGGAGGUCUCUGAUCAAUCGUGGCUCACGCCUCCGGGACUCAGUUCGGAGUGAUGGCGAUUCGGCAUCACUCCUCUCAUCAGCCACUGAUGAAGACUGUGCCUCAGUGACCCUGGACCCACUAGAGCACGAGUGGAUGCUGUGCGCCUCAGAUGGCCUAUGGGAAAGCCUGCAGCCCCUGCUGUCUGUCGAACCCAGCCUAGUGGCCAAGAGAGACUUUGUGACCGGCUUUACCUGCCUCCACUGGGCGGCCAAGCAGGGCAAAGCUGAGCUGCUCUCCCAGCUGCUGGCCUUUGCCAAAGAGAAUGCUAUACCUGUGAAUGUAAACGUGAGAUCAAGUGCUGGAUACACACCGCUACACCUGGCAGCCAUGCAUGGACACACACAGGUGGUUCGUGUAUUGCUGUCAGACUGGGAGGCAGACCCUGAGGCUCGAGACUACAGCGGGAGGCGAGCCAUCCAGUACCUUUCCCCACCGCUGGCCGCUGACCUGCAGGAGGAAGGAGUGGUCACCUCACCGGGUGCCGAGUCAGACAGCGAAAACACUAAUGGCAGCAGUGGCGGAGGAGGACGCAGCUGGAGGUUUCCUAGAGUCCUCCAGGGCAAUCUGAAUCCAUUGCGGCUGCUGAAUCCACCAGCUGAGGCAGCAGAGGAGGCAGUCGGGACUGGGAAGACCAAAGGGGGAAUGCAGAGGAAGUCUUCUCUGAGCCGGCUGAACGCCCGGCUUCACAGAGGGCGCCACCGAGCCCAGAUCAUCCACAGCGCCUCCUUUCGCGACACGGGGGAGGUGGGAAGAGGAGAGGAGCUCCCCAGCAGUCCUCUCCGAACCCGACCGCUGUCCAACCUGUUUGGAUGAAUUUACAUCUGUGUGAACCAGCGACAUAGAUAUUUAAACCAGUUUGACAUGUUUUACAGGAUAAAGUUUACUCACCUUCAUAAGCUGACAGGUCAGACAUUUUUGUGACCAAAAUUAAUAGUACACAUCCUAAUAUAUAGUAUCAAGCUGUUUUUAAAGUUUUAUUAUUAUAGAAUUUUAAAUAAAUAACCACAAAUAUGUUUUUCUAAAAAUAAUAUAACUUAUUUUUGUUCCUUUUGCAGUUGUUAAGCUUAUGUUGACUACUAACUGGAGGACACUGUUCAUGUAGAUUUUUUAUUUUAUUUCAUUUUUUUGCUGCGACAGUUCAUUGAUUGAAAUCUGAUCUACUGCUCUUUGAAUUCAUUUUGAACUUGAUUUUUGUGUUAAUGGGUUUUUCUAUAUUUUUUAGGCUCUGUAGGUAGCAGGUAGCAAAUAUCACAUCGUUUUUUUCAUGUUUAAGACCUUACACUAGAACAAUGUUCACACAAAUGCAAAAGCAACAGGAACGAUUGUAUUUGGUUUUCACUUUAGUUUUCACUCACAGUGGCAAGGGAUUCGAAAAUAGCACUUGGUUUCAUUCAAUACAAUCAUGUUUUUGCAGAGUAAAUUAAUAUAUUUCUAGAACUUAUUUUCUAUAUUUCAACCUCCUGUGAUUGGUUGGUGCUGAAUUUUUUUAGUAUAUUUCUGUAAUGUGAAUGAGUCCUUUUUUUUAUUUUCAAGUAGCAGAUUUUCUUAUUCAAAGUGCUGUAACCACUGAAUGCUUGUCUGUUUAAACAACCAUGUACAGUCAUCAUGUUUGCACUUGUCACUUUGACGAUGGUUGAUGAUAAAGGGAGGAAACCACGACAGCUGUUUUUGGUCCCAGUUCAUAUUUACAUAUUAAUAUUGUAUACACAAUUUAAGUGGGUGACCAAAUUGUUACAAAUCUAGAUGUAUGUAUGUAAUCUACUGCAUAUAUAAAAGUAUAAAUGAGACAAUGUAAUUAUUCUAUAACUUUUCACCUAUUUUGAUCAAUAGUUGUCAAGAGUUAGCUGGUUACACUGAUAGGGGAAUAUUUCCAAGCUACCAUGGCUUUACCUGGAUCCAAUUACCUAUAUAAGGACUGAUCACUAUCACUGUUUCAAAGGGUGGAAGCACAGGGAAAGCUGACAAUGUCUAUAUACCUUUUUCUACUGACCAUAAUGUACCUCAGAUCCACGGAGUCUUGUUUACUUAUUGUUACAUUUCUUCUUUGUGGGGGAGUUUAAGUGGUAUGAGUCUCUGAAGGUCAGUUGCUGUGUUUCACAGUGUUUUAAGAUAUUUAAUUCUAUAUAUUUGACUAAUUUCAUUCCAAAAAUUAUUCUGAAUAAUGGCACAGAUUCACCAUUUUCAUGCACAAUUUACAGUUUAAUUCCCAGAGAAUAGAUACAUAAUGUAAAUGAGAAUUGGUCCAGGUCUAGACAACCAUCGACAUUGACACCCAGCAUGGCACUGAUCAGUUUUACAGUAAAUAUGCAAUCAAACAAACUGCAUCAUAUGAUAUUAAAUAUAAGGUCUAUACUGUCCAUGUGUAGAUCUAACUUUGCAUGUACACAAUCACUUGCUCUUUAACUAUGUCUGUUUCAUCUGUGAAUAUUGAAGAGUCUAGACCAGAAUAUGCUGUAUGUAGCUGAGGAGCACAUGACUUUUUGACUGUUUUCCCAAAUAUGUGAACCUUACUUACUCAAUGACACAUCCUAGAUUUCAUGAAUGUUCCUUUUUGUAACAUUUGUACUCAAAUCAUAGGGCUUCAUGUAAUUGUGUGGUUGACGCAUUUUGAUGUAGAAAUGUAUUAUACAGAUGUACUUUGACAUCACUUUUUCAUCUGCAUGAAUAUGGGAAAUGUAAAUGCUGUGCACUGUUAAUUUUUAAGUCUGUAAGACAUUGUGUCUGUCUUCUUUGUGAAAUACUGUGAAGUUGUUAUGUGGUGUGAAAACACUGUUGUCACUGCCAUUUUUCUCUUCAUUCUCAU